AUGCGUACCUACGACGAUUCUUUCAGCGGUCAGAAGAUCUACCCUGGAAAGGGUAAGCUGUUCGUCCGUGGCGACAGCAAGAUCUUCCGCUUCCAGAACGGAAAGUCCGAGUCGCUUUUCCUCCAGCGCAAGAACCCUCGCCGGAUAUCCUGGACUGUCCUCUACCGUCGCCAGCACAAGAAGGGUAUCUCUGAAGAAGUUGCUAAGAAGCGCUCUCGCCGUGUCGUGAAGUCCCAGCGUGCCAUCGUCGGUGCCUCUCUCGAUGUGAUCAAGGAGCGCCGCAACCAGCGCCCCGAGGCCCGUGCCGCCGCUCGCCAGGACGCCAUCAAGCAGGCCAAGGAGAAGAAGGCCGCUUCCGAGAGCGCUAAGAAGGCUGACAAGGCCAAGUCCGCCGCCGGUGCCGCCAAGGGUGGUGCCAAGCAGGGUGGUAAG